GGCUGAGGGGCGGCGAUGGCGGCCCCUUGGGGACGGGAGCGCGUCCUCUGCCUCUUCGACGUGGACGGGACCCUCACCCCGCCUCGCCAGAAAAUUGAGCCAGAAGUAGCUGAGUUUCUGGAAGAGCUGCGUAAGAGAGUGAGGAUUGGUGUGGUCGGGGGCUCUGACUAUACCAAGAUAGCUGAGCAGCUGGGAGAAGGGGACGAAGUCAUCAACAAGUUUGAUUACGUCUUUGCGGAAAAUGGCACUGUGCAGUACAAGAAUGGACAACUAGUCUCCAAGCAGGCUAUCCAGGACCACCUCGGGGAGGAACUUCUACAGGAACUGAUCAACUUCUGUCUCAACUACAUAGCGCUACUAAAGUUGCCCAAGAAACGAGGGACCUUCAUAGAAUUCCGCAGUGGAAUGUUGAACAUCUCUCCCAUUGGUCGAAGCUGCACCAUGGAGGAGCGAAUAGAGUUUUCAGAGCUGGACAAGAAAGAGAGGAUCCGAGAGAAAUUCGUAGCUGCCUUGCAGAGGGAGUUUGCUGGCAAGGGCCUGCGGUUUUCCCGAGGUGGCAUGAUUAGUUUUGAUGUCUUCCCAGAGGGCUGGGAUAAGCGCUAUUGCCUCGAUAUCCUUGAUGAGGAAAGAUUUGAUAUCAUACAUUUCUUUGGGAACGAGACAACUCCUGGUGGGAAUGAUUAUGAAAUCUAUGAUGACCCCAGGACCGUGGGACACAGCAUCCAGUCUCCCCAUGACACAGUCCAGAGGUGCCAGGAUAUCUUCUUUCCAGAGACAGUGAACGAAUCUUGACUCACAGGCUCUCUGCUGCUCUUCUUCGCCACUCUAAGGAGACCUUUGCUCACCUCAUGAA